AUGCUCGAAGUCACAUGUGAGGCGUUGUGGAACGUGUCAGCCGCCAAGGCUCAAAGUUCAGUGGCGGCCGACAAGUACCAGAUCUGGUCUGAAACCGCCAACAAAUGUUUCAGGGGUAACAUAGAUGGAUUGGGUGCCCAACACUUCUUCCAGAGUUACAUGGACCGCAACGGAGCCAAACUGUUGGAAGGUGUGUUCUCAGAUUUCAACAACUACAUCAAGUCCUUGCUGUCCACCACGAUGCUUCAGCUCCUUCUGGCCAGGGGCCAACGUGAGGCGGCGGCAAAGUGCUGCGUUUACGGAGCGCAGUUCGGUUCUGAGGAGCUGAUGGAAAUCUGCAGCAGUUUGCAGGAAACUGAUCGGAAAGAUUGGCUAAACUGUUUGCUGAUGCAGGCAUCAAAUGCAUCCACAGCACAGCUGUUAUUGGAGCAUCGUGCUGAUGGAGCGGCAGCAAGCAAAGAAGGUGUCACAGCACUGCAUGAAGCUGCCUAUCAUGACCACCGGGCUGUGGCCGAGUUGCUGUUGGAGCACCAUGCUGAUGCAAGGGCAGCAGACAACAGUGGAGUCACAGCGCUCAUGGGUGCUUCUCAUGCUGGCCAUGUGGCUGUGGUGGAGCUGCUGUUGGAACACCGCGCUGACGUAAGGGCCGCACGGAAUGAUGGUAGCACAGCACUGAUGGCUGCUGCUGAAGGUGGCCAUGUUUCUGUGGCGAAGCUGCUGUUAGAGCGUGGUGCUGAUGUUCAGGCAGCAGAUAACAACGGUGCGACAGCAUUGAUGUGGGCUUCUGCAGGUGGUCACAUGGCUGUAGCUGAGCUUCUCAAGGUGCAUGCUGCUGGUCGAAUCCGUUCACUGUGGCGCUGGCUUUUUCGAUAG